AUGUGGCGUCUCUUUGCUCACACAGUGUUUCAUGUACUAUUUACUUUGCUUAAUAUUAAUCCUGCUAGGAGACAUCGUAUUGUUAGUGAACGAGACAUUGUUCACGUAACGAUGAUAAUGUUAGCUUAUUUAGAUAUAUAUUCUGUUCUCAACUAUACGACCAAAGCAAUGAAGUUGUUAGAAACUGUGGAGCUUGAACAAUUGUCAUACACGUUUGGAGAGCAUGCAAAGGAUUGUUGCAUUGAUGUGAGGCUGGAAGCAUAUUCUUGCAAAAUGAUAACAUCCGACAAGAAACAAUGGAAGAAAAGUCAGCAGAAUGGCAGUAAUGUCCCGCAUCCGCUCUCACCUCCAGAGAAAUUACCAUGGCUUUUCUCAUGGACACAGGAUCCGCGUUUGCGCCAUUAUUCAGAACCUGGUUGUUCUAGUUUAAACAGUAGUAUCGAGGAAAAUGGCUUGGUAUAUGCAGAUGCGAUUUCCUCUCGAACCCUUUUUGAAUUGAGGUCUGUAAUGAACGCAUCAUUUCAAGAUUAUGAUUUUUCUUCUACAAAGAGCGAAGCAUUCUCUCUUCUUCCUAAUUUUGAAACUUUAGCCGGUUUGGUUGAUUCAAAACUUUCUGCUACGGUAGCAAAUUAUUAUGAGAUUAAAAGAGUACUGUGGGAAAGAGUCGAUCAAACUUUUGGAAGUAGUCAUGAACGACCGUAUUCAGGUGGAGCAGUGUCAUUAAUUGAAUACAUGCUUCUUCAGAGUCCUUUGUUUAGACAUGCUUUUGAUAAAAUGAUUUACCGAACAGGAUACACUGGAGAUCCGUAUUGUGAAGACUUGGUAAUGUGGUCAUUUGCAUACUUCUUCCACAAUAAAUCUCUAAAACGUAUUCUUUUUAUGUCUUGCCGUGCAUUCCGAGCUGAUACUGCUCAGAAUCGGUCAGCGGAAGAAUUAUGGGGUGUAGAUAUACAGUAA